UUCCUUUUAAAGAAAAAGUUGAAUAAAAUGUAUUUAUUUUUCUCUGUAAGUGUCAUGUGUUAUAAAUGAAUACAGUAAGGGUUAGUCAUCAUUUUAACUUUUAUUAAAAUCAUCUAACUUUGUUUUAGUCUGUUGCUUUUUGUAGAACUUUACUGUUUUCCCAUUUUUUUUGUCACAGGUUUUCAUCCAUACUGGGUGUUGACAGAUUUAACUGUAGAAGCUUAAACUACAAACAAAGUACUUGUAGACGGAUAUUCUUGUGAUUAAAUCCAGGCGUUUUCAUCAAUUAAAUUAGACACAACUCUGUCUUCUCAUGAUGACGCUGCUGUUUUUCAGAAGCGCAGCUGAUUUUUGUCUAUUAUUAAAUCAAGUUACAUAUUAGAUCUUUCUCCUUUCAGCUGAUCAUCUUUAGUCAUCUUUACACACACCUAGUGACCUUGUUCAGACCUGUCACUCAUCUGAUCCAGAAGAGGUUCUCAGACUAUGGAAUCACAUUCUGUUCCUAGCAUUGUAAGGUCUGUAGGUCAUAAUGGGUCUCAAGCUAUUCUGGACAGUAUGGCUUUGUCAGAGGAGGAACAGAGGGCCAUUCAGAUUGCAACUAUUGGUCAGCGCGACAACCCACGAUGGCAUUUAUUUAGGAGAGGGAGGGUGACUGCCAGCAACUUUGGAACUGUCCUAAUGUCAAAUAAUGUGAAGACUAGAGUUGACAAGGUGCUGGGAAAGCAACCGUCCAUAGAGGGUAUUCCAGCUGUAGACUGGGGGAUUGAGAACGAGCGUCAGGCCGUCCAGAAAUUCAUAGAUGAAACUCAGAUGGAGUUCCAGGAGUCCGGCUUGUGGCUGUCUCCGUCAGGAGUGUUGGGAGCAUCUCCAGAUGGUCUGGUAGGGUCUUCUGAAAUAUUGGAGGUCAAGUGUCCCUACAAUGCAAGAGAAAUGACAAUUGAUGAUGCAGUGAAACAAAAGAAAAUCUCCUAUAUCAGUAAGGAAGGGGAUACUUACAGCUUGCGAACAGACCAUCCCAACUGGCACCAAGUACAGGGCCAGCUUCACCUCACUGGAAGGAAGACCUGCUACUUUGUUGUGUGGACCAAGAAAGACUAUGUCAUUAUACCCAUAUCCAGAGAUGACACAUGGAAACACAACCUCCAGGUCCUGGAAGUCUUUUUUAAGACCCAUGUGCUUCCAAGGCUGCCAGAAAUGCAAUUGUAAAUGAUUCUCUCUCUCUAAGUAUACUACAGUAUAUAUAUGCUAAGACAAUUACUGUUAGAUUGAAGAGAAUGAAAUGUUUAUUCGUCUGUCAAUAAAUAUCUACUUUAAAUCCCA